AUGGGGAAGCCGGCGACCGCCGGGGACGAGGCGCCGGUGGACAAGGAAGAGGACUGCGAGUGCGUGCCAUAUUACCAGUGCGUCAACGGCACCAUCGUCAAGAACGGCGUCGGCCUCAUCGACAUCAGGAGACCGCCCGACGGCCCCUGCGAGAACUACCUGGACGUGUGCUGCGCGCCGCCCGACCGCCUGCCCGCGCCGUCCAAAGCGCCGCCCACUUCCACGCCGUCGUACAACAACGGCGGCGGCGGCGGUGGCGGCUCCACGCCCGGCCACCCGGGCGAGGGCACGACGGCCGGCACGCCCGUGCGCGUGCGCGAGGGCGGCUGCGGGCAGCGCAACGCCGACGGCGUGGGCUUCCGCAUCGUGGGCGACGAGAACGGCGAGGCGCAGUUCGGCGAGUUCCCCUGGAUGGUGGCCGUGCUGCACGAGGAGGUGGUGGGCGAGAACGCGGACGAGAAGCUCAACGUGUACAAGUGCGGCGGGUCGCUCAUCCAUCCGCAGGUCGUGCUCACCGCCGGACACUGCGUCUACGAACUGGAACUGCACUUGCGCAGCUCGGCGGAGGGGCUGAAGGUGCGCGCGGGCGAGUGGGACACGCAGACCAAGAACGAGGUGCUGCCACACCAGGACCGCGUGGUGGCGCGCGUCGCCGUGCACCCGGACUUCAAGCACGACUCGCUCUACAACGACGUGGCGCUGCUCUUCCUCGAGCACCCCGUCGAGCUGGCCGAGAACGUGGACGUGGUGUGCCUGCCGCAGCCCGGCCACGCCGUGGAGCACGGCAACUGCCUCGCCUCCGGCUGGGGCAAAGACGUCUUCGGCAAGGAGGGCCGCUACCAGGUGAUCCUGAAGCGCGUGGAAGUGCCCAUGGUGCCGCGCGGCGAGUGCCAGGCGCGCCUGCGCAAGACGCGGCUGGGCAACUACUUCGAGCUGCACGAGACUUCGUUAGGUAAGGGCGACGGCGGCGGCCCGCUGGUGUGCCCCCUGGCGCACGACGCGUCGCGCUACCAGCAGGUGGGCGUGGUGGCGUGGGGCAUCGGGUGCGGCGAGGACGCUCCGGCCGUCUACGCCAACGUGGCGCACGAGCGCGAGUGGAUCGACCGCACCAUGGCGGCCAACGACUUCGACCCCAGAUACUACACCUACUGAGCCGCGGCGCUGCUUUUGUGAUUUUAAACCUGUCUUCCUUUUUUUUAAUACAAAGUUUUGUGUUAGUUUCGUUUCGUAUUAAAACAGUUUGGCUGUAAGAUGGGUUUGUUUAUUUUGUGGUUGGGGAGAAGGUGGAAUCGAACAGUCAGCCGCGCUACUGAUGAUUGUUUGAAUUCUUCCGACAUUUUACUGAAUUCUGUAAUGAGAAAUAGUUACUUCCAUUUUUCCAAAUGGAUCACUUAAAUUUUCUACAGUCAGCUACAAUACUAAUGAUGAUUUCAAUUCUUCCGUCAUUUUACUGAAUUCCGUAAUGAGCAAUAGUUUCUUCCAUUUUUCAAAAUGGUUCGCUUAAAUUUGUUACAAAUGUUUUCACUUUUUCCUGGACAUUGAAACGCUUACUUUGUUCUGUUGACCUCUCAUCCUGCAUAAAAUGCACAUUCUCUCCAUUGUCCCAAGUUUAUUUUGGAUAUUCAUAUGAAAUUAUCAGGGUUUUUCUAGCAUUGUAGGCACCGAAAACUUCAUUUUUUGUUGGUCAUCGAAAUAAAACUGAGGUUCCAGGUUUCCUUCCAACAAGUGUGUGGAUUGUAUUCCGUUUCAGGCAGCUCGUUAAGAGUUGCUUAAGGAGUAAAUGACGUUGGAUAAAAUAAGAGAUUAAAUUCUGAAUAUUUGACAAUUAGAUAACGGAAAUCACCUUUAUAAAACAAUGUUCGCAAUUGCUACACCAAAUACACUAAAUUAGUACCGUUUUUACAGAUCUUGAAGCAAUAAAACAAAAAAAUAUAAUUUCCUCCUAAAAUCUUGGUUAAUACUGUUCUUUAUCUUCGAAUGUAUUUGUUCACACUACUUCUUGAAUAUCGAACACAGGUAUGCGCGGCCUACAACAAGGAGAUUGGCAACUUUCCUGGGCCCCUCUGGGCUCACUUUUGUAUUCCACCAUCUCUCAAAUUUGUAUUUACAUAUGACACAUAUUUAUAUAGGAAAUAUACUACAGGGAUAAUGAAAUUCGAACUUUAGUGAUACAAUAACAAUAAAUACAAUUUGUUUCAUAUUGAAAAAUUUACUGGGUUAACAGGAGGUUUGGAGACAUUUUGCGAAAUUUUCUGGGGUGGGUAGGGAUCGAUUCCUCUGAAGUGUGCAAGGUCAUGCUGUACGCCAUUUCAGGACUUCAUUCAAAAAUCACUUGGCCUACGAGAGCAUUAGGCAAGAACAAAGUUAAUAUUACCAACACAAAUUGAAGUGUAAAACAAGUUGCUAGCAAAAGUUGGAAUUUAAGGAAAGCUUAUAUAUACCAUAUAGAGAGUAUAUUUUGA